AUGGUCGAUGGGUCACAGGAGGUCCUUCUGGAAGAGGUGGAGCGCCUGGCUGCAAACCAGCAUGCCCGUCUGGAGGAGCUGCAGCAGAGCUCCGGCGUCGUGGAGGCGGCGCUACGCUCGCUUCGCCACGGCGACCCACGCCUGGCGCGGCAGGUGCUGAAGAGCCAAAUGUGCAGUGAUACGGCGCGGUCUGGGCGCUCUGAGCCGGACGAGGCAGGGCCCUGCCUUCGCCAUGACCUGGCUCCCAAUGUGGGCACUGUUGCGAGGAUUCCAGAACAGCAGAGGCUAGGCAAGCGCUGCCGAGGCGCCACGGGGGAGGAGUGUCAUUUGAGCUGGAAUACGGGAAUGAAGCUUCUGGUCCUGGCCUUGGCACUGCAAAGCUGCGAGCCUUGGGCUGCAAAGGUACCUACGGAAGGACGGCCUGAACUCCUCGAAGUGCGUGGGAGCGCCGCAGGUCUCCGGCUGCGGGGGCAGAAACUGCAGGACCGCGCAGAUCCAACCCUUGCAACGUUCGACUCGGAGCUCUAUCCUGUUGCACCAGAGGAUCAGUUGCGCCAAGGUGUUGAGGCCGCCAUUGCCCGGACGCCACCGGGGAGCUCCGCUCCAGUUUACACACCCAAGGAGGCGCAGACUCCGAACGCCUUCCCUGGAAGCUCAGAGGCAGCCAUCCGACCUCUUCGGGGCCAGCAGCUGGAAUGUCACGACUCUCCAGCGACGUGGAAGGAUGCCAACAACAACAGCUGCUACCACUACGAGACAGGGCGCUGGUGCAACUCGCAGGGCGCUGCAGGUUCUGGAUGGAAAGACACCUGGGGCACCUUUGCGGAAUGGUCCACAGCCAUGGCAGGCAACGGUCCUGUGACGGCCUGUUGCGCCUGUGGUGGUGGCAUCAAGUUCGUUGCCUCUGUGGAAAGUCAGCGACCCCUGGCCUCGAGGCGGCUCGUGGCUCCGGAGGACCGUUUGGAUCUGGACUCCCUGGUGGCGCCCACUGAGACUUUGCCACAGGAGUUCCUCGAUGCAUCCCCGGUGAUGGCGCCAAUGGACCGCAUCCCUUCGAAGUUUGCGCACAUCUUGGGCGCUGCAGUGGAGCAGAGGGAGCGGCCGGAUGUGCUGGGUCUCUCGGCACAAUUCUUCGCUUCUCCACCUGGCGAUGGCUGCUCAGGUCCGCUCCCUGUAGCAUCGGCGAUCGACCGAGCCCUCGACUAUCGUAUGGGCUUCACAGGAGGCUUCCAGCGCUAUCUCCAGGACCGAGCCCAGCAUGCCACCGCCGGUGGCUUCUUCUAUGGGAAAUGGUCUGGAACCGUGAACAUCCUUCAGGCCGGCACGUAUGUCUUUGACCUGGCGCUGGGUUUCGACACGACGAGCUCCAUUAAGAUCGACGGCAAGGAGUUCCUGACCAUGGGGCAAUGCUUAUCUGCGAAGGAUGAGUUUGCUUGCUCGAUGAAGCGCUGCGUUUGGGAGGGCAGUCGUUGUGUUGCGCCUUCUGCGGUAUCGGGUGCCCUGGCCUUCUGUUCAGACUUCCUGCAAGCGUUGCUUGGAUUCUCGUCAAGCCAUGAUCUGCCAGCCAAAGACAUGAAAAGCUUGAAGAGCUCGGAGCACGAAAGCUCAGGAUCCGACUCCUCCCAAGCCCCAAGCCUCCGGACUCUUUGGAUGCCGAUUCCAAACACGACCUCAGCCUGA